AUGUUUGUUUCCGGCCAGCGUUUUUACAUCUUCGUCUUCCUCAGAGCCGAUGAUCUGAGUCGAUGUACACAGUCGCUCAUGUCGGACUGUUCGAAAACUAUUCAAACUUGUUCUGACUACGCUGUUCGUACGGCGGUAAAGAAACUACAUCAAGAAGACGAUCGACUGUGGACAUCGACUCGGAUCACCGGCUCUGAGGAAGACGAAGACGUCGAAACGUAG